UUCUGGAUCUGUUCCUGGAGAAAUUUCCGGACUUCAGAUUCUCUACACACUUUUUGGUUGUUGCCGCAAAACACACAAUCGGGGAGUCUUUCAGGGCAAUCUUGGAAUGCGCCAAAGAACAAUCCGUAUUGCCUACCGACGAAGUUCUUGAGGCCGCCAUUGCGAGAUCUAGCCCCCCAGGUUCCCACCACCGCCACCUGGGCUGCCGGGCAUGCCCCGUCCUCCCCCGCCCCGGUUAGGAUUCCCAAUCCUGCAUAUGGUCAAGCUAGUGCUGGACGCAAAUAAAGACUGCUUAACAGAAAACACUCUGCAAUCUGCAUUUCGACUCGAUACGGCGGAUAUCGAAACAUUCAAAUUCUUCUUCGAGCACCGACUAUGGCCUCCCGGACUCAUCCAAUCUGAGUUCAGAAUCCUCAUGCGUCAACGUCCGCCUGUGUCAAAGAUCAGAUUCUUGCUCGAGCAACCUGCUACAUUCGUCAAUGCUGCAGAGCAUUUUGAGGAGUUUGCACUCCAUGCCUUGCUUGAGAGUCCUCGUACAAGUGACUCUGCUGUCAGUCCUGAUCUUCUCGAUACGAUUCUCACAGGGACGGUGGCGUAUUCAUCCCCUCCAUCAGAGGUUCCUCGUUCGCAGUGGCAAUACAACAAAGUAGAUACCAGCGUGUACCAGAAAGUGAAAGUACUCUUGGAAUUCCGAGAGAUCGACAUGUCCUUGAGGAAUAUCGUUCAAGCCCAGGGCUUGAGGAAGAUUGGUCGACAGAUUAUCCAGCUCUUCCUGGACUCUCCCGACAGGGCUAAAAUUUCCGAGGAUGUCAGGAAGUAUGCUGCAAGCUUCUACGUCGUGAAGGAGCUCACGUUCGUGCCGAAAGCCCCAUCGGCAGACAAAUGCACUGACGAUCGCAUUGAUCAAGACGGGCCGGGUUCUGGAUAUCCCAACAGCCCAGCCUCAGUAUAUUCCGACGAUGACUUGGACUCCGUCAGCUCUUGCUCUAGCUCGUCAGAUGGGGCAGCAAAUUCUCUCGACACUUUGGACGACUCGGACAAGCGCAGCAGAGAAAAUGACCACCCGCUCAUUUAUUACUCGCUCCCGUUCACGUCCCUAAAAAGCAGGGUUAGUGCUGUCGAACCAGCGUGGAUUCAUUUCAAAGAGCCAGAGGUAGUAGUAUGUGAAACCGCAACUGUUGAAACUAGAUCUGGUGAAGAUCGAAAGUUCAAGUUAAUUUGAAGUCUUUGGUUCGACAAUUACUUUCUACUCCCUUUUCUUCGGCGUUUCGUCUUUUAUUUAUGAUAUAUAUGAUUUACGAGGUGUUGGGAAUGUUUCUUCUUGUUAAUUACUGUUUAAUGACUGUACCAAGGCGGAAACUU